AUGAGGCCACCUUUCCGCCAUCUAGACAAUGAGUUGCUCACGCACUUGCAGAAGGGAGUUGCCAGCCUGCGUGGAUUGGUGGUGUUCUGGUUGCGAGUACUUCUUGUGACUUGCGGUGCCACGGGAUUUGUCAUGCUUGGAACAGGCAUUGCUCUGGGAGCAUCCUUGCACAAAGCUGCUUAUGUAGUUGGUGGCUUUCUGGCUCUGUCCUACCUGGCCCUGUUUGUUCUUACGUUGGAUGCUUGUGAGACCGUAAGCCUCAUUCUUGAUUUGCUGAACGUCUCGGACGAACACUCCAGGGAAGAUAUCUUGAGGCAGCUGCACAAAUGCCAAAAGCAACGAAGCUCUGCAAGCUCGACAGUUUUUCCAGAAGCUGACUUUGACAUCAUUCUACAGCAGACGCUACAGGAUUUUCCGCGCAGGUUGAGGUUCUGCUUAGUAAAAUCUUUGCAACUCGGACCAGCCAUGGCAGCUGCAGUAUCUUUGUGCUGCAUGCUAUGCAUAAUAUUUCUGGAAGACAUUCCUGCGGAAGUUUGCUCUUUACCCGUGGUUUCGACAAGCCUCCUGGCAAUCAGCGUUUUGUUUGGGUUUCAGGUCCAGCUGAGAGCAUCCCCACUGGUCAGGACUAUUGCAAUGGACGAAUUCGGCAAUCCACCAUGCAAGCUGAUAGAGCUCCACACUUUGCAGCUCCGAAGGCGAGUGGCUGCAACUCCAGAAGGUCGAGCAGACGCAAGGCACAAGCUGGCGGCAGCGGUGAAGAUGCCCAGAAACAGCGUAUUGCCGGCUGUCGAGAUGGCUUGGCUAGCUGGUCUGCCAGAUGAUGAGCUUGAAGCUUGCAUUCUGGAAUACCUCAGAGCGGUGGCUCUUUUGUGUGAUCUGGCCCAAAUCGACACAGCGAUUCAAGAAAUGAACCCUCUGCUACCGAAAUCCAGCCUGAGUGAGGCACUCAAAGCGCGCGGCCGAAUUCACCAGCUGACCGAAAGGAUGAAUCGCAGCCUUGCAGCCUUGGAUAUUCUUGACCUGCGGGCAUCAAUCGAGGAGUGUCAGAGGGAAGGUUGGCCGCCAGAGGCUUUGCAGCCAGCCAUCACCACUAAACAGGUCAUUGAAGACUUAUUGGCCAGGUUGCUGAAGGCGACCAAGGACACAGAUAUUCAACAGUUGGAUGCCAUCAUUCAUGAGUGUGAAGACUUCGGCCUGCCUGAUCGGGACUUGCAUGACGCGCGGGCAAAACGAGAAGAAUGGGAAAACUUAUUGCUGUCCCUGCAGACGGCAGUUGCCGAGAAAGAUCUGGACAAACUGAAUGAUGCAAUCCGCGCCGGUCAGGCACUGAAGAUUGAGAACUCACGGCUGGCAGAAGCGUUGGCAACAAGGGACUACGUCCAAGGGCUCUUGAAGGAGCUGAGCGUGGCCAUGGAAAAGCGUGACCUGGAAUUGCUAACAGAGGCAAUCAAACAGUGCAGUGCGGCCCGAGUCCGCUCACAAUACCUUCAGCAGGGAGCAACUCUGAAGCAAGAGUUGGAGGAAUUAUUGGCCAAGCUUCAGGACGCAGUCUGCGCGCAAGACCUUUCCCGAGUCAACACGAGCAUCCUGGAAUGUCAGCAGGCAGAGGUGCCACCAAGGUACCUAGAGAAUGCGAUCGCACAGCAGAAGCAGUUGCAAAUGCUCAUUGAGACUUUAGCACAUGCUUGCCGAAAGAAAAGUAUCGAGGCGCUUGAGAAGGCCAUAAAGGACUGCAGUGCGCAGCGGGUUCCUCAACAAUAUCUUGAUGAGGCCUUGGAAGUGAAGCACACGAUCUUCGCUUUGCGCGGCGAUCUCAAAGCAGCCAUCGAUUCCAAAGACGUCCGCUUUGUCGACCGGACCAUCCAGAAGUGCAUUGAUUUUGGUUUGCCCUCCAACGACCUAGAGCAUGUCCAGAAGUGCAAGAGCAAAAUGGACGUGAUGGUGCAGUCUUUACGAAAUAGUAUAGACCAGCGAGAUUUGGCCGGAAUUGGCGUUGCCCUGCGACAUUGUGAAGACUUUGGCUUGAAAGCAGAUGAGGUAACAGAAGCUAGACAGAUGAAGGCCACCAUGGAAAAGCUGCUGUCACAGGUAAAGGCUGCCAUGGAUGCAAGGGAUGUUAUGGCUUUAGAGGUUGCCAUUGAGCUUUGCCAAGCUGCCAAGUUGUUUGACAGAAAUGUGGAUGAGGCUGUUUCGCUGAAGCAGGAGCUGGAUGACAUACUUGCUAAGGUACACUUGGCCAUGAAGCAGCGGAAUGCUCGUGACAUUCGGUCAGCUAUUCAAAGCUGUGCUGCCAUGGGGAUACCGGACUUGUAUACAGCAGAUGCUCGGCAAAUGCUUGAAGAACUGGAGACCCUGUUUGCGCGACUACAGCAGGGUGUGUCGAACAGAAAGAUAGAAAGUCUUCGGAAUGCCAUUAGCGCAUGUCGGGCUUUCGGUGUUGCAGACGAAGAGAUGGAGGAGGCCUUGAGCAUAGCAGAAAGUAUCGAAGAAAUUCUGGCAUCGCUGUCCCUCGCAAUGGAGAGUCGAGACAUACAGGCUCUCAACAAAGCUCUUCAGAAACACCAUGAGGCUGGCCUGCCACCUAGCCCAGACUUGGACUCUGCAAUAGCGCUGAAGCGCCGAAUUGAGCAGAUGUUGGCCCGGCUUGGGGUAGCCGUCCAGCUUCUGGACAUCCGAGUUCUAAAGGCUGCCAUAGCCGAGUGUCAAUCGGCUGGCCUCCCAGACCAUGAUUUACAUGAGGCACUUCUUGCGAAAGAAAGCAUCGAGCGCAUGUUAGCCACACUCCGCUUCUCCAUCGACUGCAAAAACAUGUCCGGCAUAGAGGCUGCGAUAAAGGACUGUCCCAUCGAUUUGCUGCGCGCAGCACUCGAAGAGUGCCAUGCGGCUGAAGUUCCUGGCGACGUUUUGCAGUCCGCACUGCGGUCUAGAGCGGCCGAAAGCGAAAGCGAGUCAGAUCGCCGGCUGAUCUACGAGGGGCAAGAUGAUGAGAAGCGGCUAGCACAUAACAAAGCAGUUAGCAUGCUAGAUGAGUCCAUCCGAUCUGGUAAUGAUGUGCCUCCCGAGUUCGAGGAGCUGAUGAACGAGUUAAUUGUGAAUCACCUCUUGUAG